AUGGAGCAAGCCUUUGCGCAAUUAACCCAAACGGCUCAAGUACUUAUGGAAAGUCAAGCAAAGGAUAUGAAGUCCCACGACGAGCUGAUGCAACAACAUCUGGAGUUGAAGAAUGCACCUUGUCGGAUGGAAAUGAAGGUCGAGGGACUAAGUAUGCCCAAGUACCAUGGCAAACUAUCGGAGGGCUUUAGCCCAUACGCCCACCUAGUAAACACGUUCUUCGACGCCAAGAACAUGAAUCGGCGCGAAUCGCCGGAAAUGGAGGAACGUUGCCUAGUGAUGGUUGUUGCUAACUUUCGUGGACAAGCUGCUGCCUGGUACCAGGAUCGCCAAGCGAGUAAAGAUGCGAUCACUGCACUCGACCAACUGUCUAAAAUCUUACGUCACGAGUUCGAGCCUGAAGACCUACAAGAGCGUCUGCGCGACAGUCUGUACUCGCUGACGAAGAACUGCAAGGAUUUGCAGGACGUGGGGUCAAGAGCAACCGAGAGCGUGAUCACCAUCGUGAGCGUGUGCGCGACAACAAGCAACGUCCCACACCUCAAAUGA